AUGGCGUCUCGGUUCCCCGAGCGCGACCGAGACGGACGCGACACAAGAUGGCAACCGCGAGACCGUGAUCGAGAUCGGGAGCGGGAGCGAUCUCCUCGACGCGAUCGCUCCCCACCUGGCCGCUUCAUGGACCGCAUCGAUCGACGAAGUUCCAUAGCGUUCAAUUCCGAGAUCCCACGCGGCCCAAAAGCGGAUCGCGUCGACUCCAAUCUGUCCACAUCGAGCAUACCUGCGGGACCAAGAGGGCGCGGAUUUGGUGGCCGCGGCGAUUAUCGCGACUCGAGAGACGGGCCAUCGUAUUCCGAUGGUCCGUUACGGACGUGGCGAGAGCGCGACGCGGAUGCCGAUCGCCGGGCGUCGCCACGACCACGUUCACCCAUUGUACGAUCUCAUCCCGACAUACGCGACGCGAGAGACGCGCCGGCACGUGACGAUGGCCCAUUGCGACAACGUCGAGACUCACGAGACGGCCCCCUCUCUACAGGAUCGGCCUCGGAGUCAACAUGGAGCGGCGGCGCUGGUUACAGCCGUGGUGGAGGUUUCGGUAGAGGCCGUGGACGUGGCGGAUACGACGAAUAUCGCGGCAGAGGCCGUUUCGAUGAUCGAGAAAGAGACAGGGAUCGAGAGACCCGAGACCGUGACCUUUUCCGCCCACGCAGUCGAUCACGCCAACGUUGGGGUGAUCGUGAUCGAGAACGAGACCGAGAACGCGACCGCGAGAGAGACCGCGAGCGAGAUCGAGACCUCAUCCCGGCUCAACGCGAUUUCCGAGACCGAGAUCGAGACCGCGAUUUUGACCGUCGGGACGACCGGCGCCCGUUUGAGCGCGACGAGCGACCGAAUUUUCGCGACGACCGAUUCCGAGAUGGCCUGGGCGAGCGAGAUCGAUUCAGCCGCCUAGAUUCUCGUCAAGGGAGCGGACAUUCUACACCACUUCCUGACCCAGCGGCCGAUCGCGAUACCGGCAGACCGGAUCUGUUGCGACGGCAAUCCUAUGCGACGGACGCGCAUGGCCCGUCAAGACGAGAGAGCAACGAGAACAAGCCGGACCUGCUCGCCUUACGGGCACGGGCAGCGUCUCCUCCACCGGCGAUUCCACAAGUACCGGCAUUUGGGUCGUUACCUUUGACGGGCGGCGUCAUAUCGAGAGCGCCGAGCAGUUUGACGUGGACCGCGACUGGCGCGAAGCAACAAGCGAUAGCGCGAGCAGAUGCCCAAAAGGACGAACAGGAAGAAGGGCAGAUUCUACAAACCCCUCAAGAACAAGCUGCGGAAAAGUCGAUCCCGCCGCAGGCUACGGUUCCAACUGGCCCUGCAAGAGCUCCACCUACCGGACCAAAGGCUCAAGUCGCUGCUGCGGUUGGCUCCGCCGGAACGGGACCGACAGCGAAACCUGCUGAGCCACGGCUUGCUGUUGUUCCGCCCAGUGGACCGAAAGCUAUGCGAACAGCGAACGCAUUGGAUUCCAGGGACGUACGGGACGCAAAGCUGGAAUUGAAAGCGCCCACGGCACCUCGACCUUCAUCGUCAUCAGGAUCUUCGAUGGCUCCUUCGACAAGCUUUAGCCCGCCGAAACCGCUGUCAAGCAGCCUUAGCGAUAGUGGACGGCCAGAUCCCUCGGAUUCCGCGCGGAAAGGAGAUAUCCCAUCUGUACCCAGUAUUCGAGCGCCUCCCAUAGGGCCAUCGCAACCAACCGUCUCCUCAACCAUAUCCCGUCGCGCACCAUCACCAAAUCUCAGCCGACAGCUGAGCUAUCCGCAGCCAUCACGCCGCUCCCUCUCUCCCCGUCCUUCACUCCCGACUUCAUACUUCGCACCCAACCAGAUCCCUCAAGGCCCGCGUGCCUCACCCAAGACGUCCAGCGCAUCCUUAAACCUUUCCGGCCUCGACAUCCCUCGCGGCCCGCGUGCGGAUCGUGCACCUGCCGGAAGGGGAUUCGGCGUCGGAUUGAACGCGCCUACCGGACCCGCUGGUAUGGGAAGAGGCAUGGGAAUCGGUGCCCCGGGAAGAAAACCGCUGACCUAUCCACUGGGACCGAGAGGUGCCGCGCAGGAUGGACCCUAUGGACGCGGCGCUCUCGUUCCCGCCAAGCGUGACGCGGAGGGAGAAGAGAAAGAUCGGUUGCGAAUCCCGGGAUCGCAGGAGGUUAAGCCGGCGAUCAAGGAAGAAAGGGAUCGGGAAGAUGCUAUUAUGCGGCCUACUUCUCGGCCGCGAUUGACGGAGAAUGAGGAACCGGUUAGGUCUGAACCGAGCAGAACGGACUUGGCUGGCCUUACCACUCGCAGACUUGCGGUUCGUGGUGCGGUUCCGGAUCCGAUGGAACUUGAUCAUCCGUCUGGUGAUCAAAAUCUAGUGCAAGCGCCAAAUGGUACCUCUACUCCCGUUGAACCUGCCGUCUCUGCUCUCUCCGCCAAACUUGGUACCGACACCGACGAAGCACCUUCGUCCCGACUGGCCGGCCCUUCCAUCGAUGCGGCGCUCAGCGACGACGAAGACGAGGACAUGUUCGGCGAAGAGGAAGACUUCGCCGAGACGGAGCAACGGUUCCAACGCGAGAAAGCCCGCCUUGAGAGUAUGGUGGUGGACCUUAGCGACCGCAAAUAUCGCGCGACCACGCCGCUGGAGAACCUGGUGAUCUUGCAGGCGCUGGCGGAGAACGAGCCGGCGGACGUGCUGAAGACGGUGCGGGGCGCCAAGAACAUCGCGUCGCGCAACGCCGCCGCCGCGAAAUUGGAGGCGCAGGAGCGGUUGAAGUCGGAGGGCGAAGUGGUUGUGGGCGAGCAGAUGCUGACCCCUGCGGCCGGCGAAGGCGAGGCGGAUGGGAUGGAUGGGGAUGUGGAGAUGGUCGAGGAGAAAGACGAAGAACGGUGGUUAUCUCCCGAGCGCGUUGCCACACCCGACUUGCAGCUGCUCCCGUAUCUCGCCAAAGGGCCGCCCACACCACUUUCCGAUCUCGAGGUCGUGGAUGGGAAAUACGAUGAGGACUUGGCGCAGACCGUUUCGGAGCACCUGGCGCAGAUGCAUUUCAGCGACCACAGCGGCGAUGAGGAGCGGGAGGACGAGUACAAAUUCGUCCAUGCCGGCUGGCGAAAUAACUUGCGCGACCUGGAGCAGGAGAUCGAGGCGGAGAAAGAACGGUUGGCGCGCGAAGCGGCAAAUGAUGCAGCAGCGUCGGCUGGCGCGGCCGAUUCGGCGUCUCCGGCUGCCGACACGGGUGCGGGCGCUGCGCCAGCAACGGCAGAGGCUACGGCGCCUCCGACGCCACAGCCGUCGAGCCGCAGGAGAGAGUACAAGUUCGCUUCAGAAUACGACAUGGAGCGUGCGAUCAAGGAGUCGGAAGAGCUUGCGCGCAAGGAGGCGUUGGAACGACAGAAGCAAGAGGCUAAGUCGCGCGCGAACUCUGAGACGGAAGCGGAUAUUCCCCUGCUUUCUCGACCGUCGGACGUGUCGAUCCGAGUGUAUCACGACACCGCGCAACUCACGCUCCCCGAAGAUGCGCUGUGGGCGUUCGAUUUCGAUCCGCCGGUCGACACGUUCACCGAGGAGGAACACAAGAUCCUCGUCUCACAAUUCAAAGACUUCCCCAAGAAAUGGGGCAAGCUCGCCGUGCACCUGCCCAGCCGCACCUACAAGGACGCCAUCUUCCAUUACUACGCCACCAAAUGGGACAAGGAGUUCAAACCGCGCUGGGCGCGCGGCCGCAAAGGCGGGGGACGCGGCCGCGGUCGUGCCGCUGCCGCCUCGUCCGGCUCCGGCGUGCGUCGCGGCAAGACGAAUGCGCUCAUGGCAGACCUCGGGGUCAAGCCGGACGUUUACUCGGGCGACGAGUUCGCGGUCACGGACUCCGGCCGGCCGCGACGGGCGGCGGCGCCGAAGUUCGGAGAGGUGCCCGGGGCGCCGACGACGUUGGAUGGCAUCAUAGAGGAGCGGGCGGGCACGCCGAAGAAGGCGGAGGAGAAGCGGGGGAGGAAGGCAGCAAGGGAGCCGAAGAAGAGGGGGAGGGCGGCGGCGAAGGGGGUUAGUCCAGACAAGGUUGAUGCGGUCGUCGCGGCGCCGGGACGGGGGAGGAAGGUGUCGAAUGCGCCGGAGGGGCCACUGCAGCCACUGGAUCCGCAGAUGCAGCGGCCGGGGAACCAGGGUGGAGGGCAUUUGUGGCCAGGGACGGUGACGGAUGUGGAUGGGCUCGGGCGGCUGAUGGUGCCGGUGCAUGGCGGCAUGCCUGGGAAUGCGCAGGUGGAGAUGAGUCCGCUCGCGCGCCAGAUGAAUAUGCAGCAGCAGGCCGCGUCGACCAUGUCUGGACAGCAGCCGCUGUUGCAGGCGCACCUCGGUCCUAACACCGCGGCGCCUUCGGGAAUAGCCACCUCCCCGAACGUCCUCCCGGCUCAACUCUCCCAUUCCCCGCGUACAGGUCAGCCACCCCCUCCCGGCUCCCGAGUUCAACCCCCCGGCACCGCACCCCCGCGCACCCAAGCACGCACCGGUCCCUCUUCCUAUUGGUCCGUCCCCGAGCAGCAGGAAUUCAAGCGUCUCCUCCGCCACUACGGCACGGACUUCACCUCCAUCGCGCAAUCCAUGAACCACUCCAAGUCCGCCGUCAUGGUCAAGAACCACUACGGCAAGCUCGUCGAGGCCGGCAGUGAUCUCGACCUCGUCGAGCAGGUCCGCCGCGUCGACGACCGGAAGAAGCUCGGCGACAUGCCCGGCCCCGCGCCGCCCAGUCAAUACGUCCCGCCGCCGCCCAAGCCAGGGCCAGCACCUGGCGCGAAGUCAGGGCCGGCGGGAAGGAGAAGAGCGGCGACCGUGACCGCGCCGAAUAUGCCACCUGCGGGAGCGUUGGGGUUGCCCGGGACGCAGGCGCCGCCGGCGGAGAACGUGGUUGUGCAGCGGACGCUGGCGCCGAAUCUGGAGGUGGUCGACGUGGAGAAGGCGCCGUCGCACGCGCACAUGCACGGGCAUCCACAUGCGCACCCGGGCGUGAUGCAUUCGCGGGCGGGGUCGGGUGGGGUUCCACUUGGGCGCACGGCAUCACCUGGAUCGGUUCAUGCUGCGCAGCCCUCAAGGCCGUCGUCGAGGGAUUAUCACCGGCCAAGACAUUUGCAGGGGCCGCCGUUGGGGUACUUUCCCGCGCCGGCGGCGCUAAGUGAGCGGAGGGAGGAGUAUCCGCCGAGGCAGGAUAUGUAUGCGGGGGAUCGGAAGCCGGUGGAUCAUAUUGUGGAUGAGCGACCGUCGCAGCGGCAGCAGCCGAUGCAGAUGCAGCCGGUGGGCAUGCCGUCCGCGCCGCAACAUCCGUCAAGUCUUCGCAAUAUUGUCGACGAUCGCGCCGCGGUGCCGCCACCGCCUUCCCAAGUCCAUGCGCCGGCGCCGCAGCCACCGAAGCCCUCGGCGCCGAAAGAGCCGGUGCGGAAGCUGAACCUGAUGGAUAUCAUGAACGCCGAUACGGACGACGUGCCCCCGAGGAAGAAGGAGGAGCCCCCGAAAGAGCUGCAGCGCACGACAUCGCAGGGACACGGUCCGCCUUAUGGGUCGCACGCGGGUCCGCUGACGCCGAAUCCGGCACCGUCGAUGCCGGCGCCGUCGGUCACGCAGCGGCAGGCGUCGGAUUCGUCGAUUUCUUCACGCGCGUACUCUCGCCCGUCAUAUCCCGAUCCGCGAGGACAGCCGCCGUACGAAAGAGAUUCCGGGCGUGAGUUGACCUCGACGAUGCGCGAUCCACUCGGCAUGGCUCGUGAGCCGGUGCCUGCGCCUCGAGAGGCGAUCGGGCCGCCACAUCAUCGUGACAGUUGGUCUGGACGACAGUACUCGCAGACACCAACAGGGGCGCACCAUGGGCCUGGAUCGCAACCGCAGACGCCGACAGCAAUGCAGCAGCCGCAUCCGCCUCAGGGACAACCGCAUCCGACUCAAACUGCUUCGGCGGGCCAGCCAUAUAGCAGCCAUCGGGCAAUGGCAUUUGGGCAGCUGAACACGCCGCGACAUAAUCCUAGCCCGCCUCCGAAUGCGAUGUACAGCGCGCACUCCCGCAGUGGAAGCGCCAUUGGCAUUGCUCAUCCACAUCAUGGAACUCACUCGGCAGGACAUACGCCAACACAAUCGAUCCAUACCCCAACACCGCAGGGUCCGAUUCCUCCUGGCCGUAACUAUACGCCCCCGGUUCCGGGACACAAUUAUACGCCUCCGGCGCAGCCACUGCAUUACACCCCGCCGACUGGCGCGGCGCGAAACCUCCCGCCAAAUCCGAAUCCCUACGCCACGUUAGCGCCACCGACGAGCCAAUCCGCACCCCCUCCGUCUGCGCCACUACCCAGUGGCACGCCGAGCGAGCGAGUGCAAUAUGCCGUCGAGCGAGUGCCAAGCUAUGGGUACGAUCCGCAAUCCCGGACAUACGAGACCUCGUCGCGCGGCUACGAGCAACCAAGCCGACCAUACGACCACGCCUACGAAGGCCCAUCAUCUCGACCCCAGCCCACCUCCACCCGUCCCUACGAAUCUCAACACCCGCGCCAAUACGACCCCCGCCCCCCCGCCCCCUUCGAUCCCCAACUCUCUCGACCUACCGACCCACCCCGCCGCGCAACCAGCCCACACCACCCACCCCGCUACGACACACAACCCCCUCCCCACGCCUACCCCUACGACGACCCCCGCCAACCCCUCACCAUCCAACAGCAGCGCGAGCGCGAAGCCCUCGCCUCCUACCAACGCGACGUCGACUCCGACCGCGACCGCGAGUUCCAUGCGCGCCCGCCAUACCCCGCCGCCACCACGCGGUCCAACACGCCCGGCAUCUCGAGCGAGAUCAAGCGCAUUUCACUGACGCGGGAGGAGGACGUGGUGAUGGGUGAGCGGGCGAGGGAGAGGGAGGGACGGGGGUUUGGGUAUGUGCAGGGCGGGCAGAUGGGGCGGGAGGGGUGGGAGAGGAGGGAGAGGGAGAGGGUGGAGGAGAGGGGGAGGAGGUUGGGGAGUGGGAGUGUGGAGGAGGCGGAGAGGCGGAUGAGAGAGCGGUAUGGGGGACGGUGA